UGAUGAACGAAACGUUGCAUGACAACCUCCUUUUCUGAUCUUGAAGCUUUUGUUGUUCGAUUUGAAGCACCCAAGAAGCAGUCUGCAGUCCUGAAGACCGUCCCCUCCCCUCAAGAUGGCUAUGAAUAUUGAUAUGUCACAAGCCUCGGUCAUCAAAGAUGAGCAAGGCAGACCAUUCAUUGUCGUCCGAGACCAAGGCAAGAAGAAGAGACAACACGGUACCGAUGCCGUCAAAUCACAUAUCCUCGCCGCAAGAACCGUUGCCAAUAUCGUGAAAACUUCCCUUGGCCCCCGAGGGCUCGACAAAAUCCUGAUUUCGCCUGAUGGAGACAUCACAGUUACGAACGACGGCGCAACGAUCCUGAGCCAGAUGGAGAUAUCAAACCACGUUGCGAAGCUUCUUGUUGAGUUGUCCAAGUCACAGGAUGACGAAAUAGGAGAUGGUACAACUGGUGUGGUGGUUCUGGCCGGAGCACUGUUAGAGCAGGCGGCAGAGCUCAUCGACAAGGGAAUCCACCCCAUCCGAAUAGCAGAUGGCUACGACCAGGCAUGCGAUAUUGCUGUUGCUGAGCUGGACAGAAUUGCAGAUACUAUCGAAUUCACAAAAUCGGACAGAGGAAAUCUGAACAGGGUGGCGAGGACGAGUUUGGGGAGCAAAAUCGUCUCCAAAGCUCAUGACCAGUUUGCAAAGAUUGCUGUGGAUGCCGUGAUGUCUGUGGCUGAUCUCGAGCGCAAGGAUGUGGAUUUUGAUCUGAUCAAGGUUGACGGCAAGGUCGGCGGAUCACUUGAGGAUUCUCUACUGGUUCAGGGUGUUAUCGUUGACAAGGACUUCUCUCAUCCCCAAAUGCCAUCCGAGGUCCGUGAUGCCAAGAUUGCGAUUCUGACUUGUGCGUUCGAGCCCCCCAAGCCGAAGACGAAGCACCACUUGGAUAUCACAAGUAUAGAGGAGUUCAAGAAGUUACAGACCUACGAGAAAGACAAGUUCGCAGAGAUGAUUAACAUGAUCAAGGAUACUGGUGCCAAUCUUGUUAUUUGCCAGUGGGGCUUUGAUGACGAGGCGAACCAUCUUCUGUUACAGAACGAUCUUCCCGCAGUCAGAUGGGUUGGAGGUCCCGAAAUCGAGCUGAUUGCUAUUGCUACGAACGGAAGGAUAGUGCCAAGAUUCGAAGACUUGUCAGCAGAGAAGCUUGGGAAAGCAGGGAUUGUACGAGAGAUGGAGUUUGGUACAACGAGAGAGAAGAUGUUGGUGAUUGAGGAGUGUGCAAAUACGCGAGCGGUCACCGUCUUUGUCAGAGGCAGCAACAAAAUGGCAAGGUUCCAGUUUGGAAUUGCAAAGCGAUCCCUCCAUGAUGCUCUCUGCGUGGUCCGGAAUCUUGUCCGAGAUAACCGUGUCGUAUAUGGCGGAGGAGCAGCAGAAAUCGCCUGCUCCCUCGCCGUCGAAGAUGCAGCGGUCAAGUCCCCUGGCCUCGAGCAAUACGCCAUGCGAGCAUUCGCCGAUGCUCUCGACGCCAUUCCCAUGGCCCUGGCAGAGAACUCCGGCCUGUCACCUAUCGAGACCCUCGCCAGCAUCAAGAGCAGACAAGUCACCGAGAAGAAUACCAGAUUAGGAGUUGACUGCAUGCAAACUGGCAGCAACGACAUGAGAGAUGCGUUUGUCAUUGAUCCCUUGAUCGGGAAGAGACAGCAGUUGAUGCUGGCAACCCAGCUGUGUCGCAUGGUGUUAAAGGUCAAUAAUGUCAUUAUUGCGGGAAGCGAUGAGAAUGAAUUCUAAAAGCGAGACUUGUGUACCAUAGCUGU